GACGAGGAGGAGACAGAAGAGUCCCCAACCUCCCCAGCUGCUGCUCGACCUGCCCAAGCGGAGGCAGCCGCAAGUAUGACAAAAGAGGAGGAGGCAGCGGCAACCCCGCCAGAGGCAGAAGUAGAUGAGAAGAAGGAUCCUGAGAAGGGUACUGCAGCCUCAGCCCCAACCGAUGCCAGGAAGGAAGAACCAAGGGAGCCAGACACAGAGGCAGCUCCUGCGGAAACACCGCCUGAUGCCCCAUCCGAACCGGUCCAGGCAAAGGCAGUAGAGGCAGCUCCUGCAGCGGAACCCCCUAAUGUGAAGAUGGAGGCCGAUGACGCUGCGGAAUCCCCGCUGGUGAAGGAGGCAGUGGGUGGUGACAUGCCUCCAGGUCUGGAGAACCCACAAAGCCCAGAAGGUGAAGUGAAGGAUGAGCCUGCGGCUGCGGUGGAAGCUGCAGUGGAGUCAGAAGCCCCACCUGCAGCGAACUGCGAUGAAGUGGCAGCUCACAAGGACAGCGAAGCAGCACAGGCUGCCACUACUGCCUCUGCCACUGAAGAGGCGAAGGCUGCAGAGAUCAUGGCUGCCACUGCCACUGAAGCGGCGAAGGCUGCAGAGAAUGAGGCUGGCUCUGAGGGGACUGUGACUGAAGCGGCGAAGGCUGCAGAGAUCGAGGCUGCCUCUUCUGAGGCAACUGUGACUGAAGCGGCGAAGGCUGCAGAGAUCGAGGCUGCCUCUGAGGCCACUACUGAGGCGGCGAAGGCUACAGAGAUCAAGGCUGCCACUGCGAUCUCUGAAGCGGCGAAGGCUGCAGAGUCAGAUAUCAGAGUCAGAUAUCCUGGAUUUUAA